AUGAAGAUUUUAAUUGGUCUGUUAAUAGUGGUGAGUGUAGCAAAUGCUGCGAAGAAAUUCGAGGGGACUUUGAGAUCGGCAGCCGACGCGCCUCCUCAAGACAACUUAGCUGUAGAAUCUGGCUCUCCAGAGCCCGCUGUAGUUGAUGCACCCGAAGAAUAUAAGAAUCCUGGAGCUCCACCAUCAUCCUCCUCCCCUCCACCCAAACCGGAUGAAGCGGAAGAGCCACAAACACCACAAGAGCCAGCUACCGCACCUGAAACUGCGUCAGGUGGAGUGCCACCUUCAGCGCCCAGUGGCAUUUCUGCACCGUCCGCACCAGCCAAUUCUCUUGAGGAAUGCGAUCCGGAGAUGAUUGGAUUCGAACUUGUUACUGGAUAUGUAUUCUCGGCCCCGUCGCAUAUACUUGACGAUAUUCCCGGGACCCUCAUGUUGACAGACUGCUUAGAACAAUGCCAGGCCAACGACACCUGUCGCGCAGUUAAUUACGAAACGGGCUUAUGCGUGCUUUUCAGUUCCGACGCUGAUCAAUUGCCAGGCGCGCUGACCAAGUCACAGUUCCCCGUGUUCACCAUCUACGCACAAAAGUCAUGCCUCGGCGUGAGGCCGUGCGAACGCGCGUGGUGCUUCGACCGGGUACGUGGCUACCAUCUUAAGGGUCGAGGCAAAAGGACCCACACCGUUGGUUCGAGGCAGAUGUGCUUGGACCUAUGCCUUGGCGAGAACGAGUUUGUUUGCAGCCACGUAUACCGUUCGGCGGAAAUCGUCGUAUCUCCAUUGAGGCUGGCGAAGGCCCAAGCUCACCCCGGGCGGCUCAUCGCGAUCGUCGACAGUCACGACAUUUGGCAAAUAUUCCCCGACGUGGCGAACGAUAUGCAGCACGAUACUGACUACUUGGAAAACAACUGCGUGGAGGAACCAACGAAAUUAUGCGAGUUCAAGAAAAUGGGCGGUCGUAUUCUAAAAACUGUUGACUCUGUUUAUCAAGACGUUCAAACCAUCGAGGAGUGCAGGGAGUUAUGUCUAAAUUCACCUUUCCGCUGCCACUCAUAUGAUCACGGCGAUACGGGUGACCAUGUUUGUCGUCUCUCUCAUCACUCACGUGCGACCCUUGCUGAUAUUCAGGAUCCCUAUUUGGAAGUCCCUGAGGCUGCUACGUACGAACUUUCCUCUUGCUACAAUGUGUCCAUCGACUGCCGUGCCGGAGACAUGGUAGCUCGCAUUCAGACCUCGAAAUUAUUCGAUGGAAAGAUUUACGCCAAGGGCAGUCCUAACUCUUGCGUCGUCGAUGUUAAACAAAGCCUCGAGUUUGAAUUGCAUAUGGGAUAUGACAACAUUGAGUGUAAUGUUAAGCAAAACGGCCUUGGGAGAUACUUAAACGAUGUCGUUAUUCAACAUCACGACACCAUAGUCACGUCAUCGGAUCUUGGUCUUGCUGUAACAUGUCAGUAUGACUUGACCAAUAAAACAGUUGCCAAUGAGGUUGAUCUUGGAAUACACGGCGACAUUCACACUGGGCUCUCCGAGGAGGUUAUUGUUGAUUCACCUAAUGUGGCAAUGAGAAUUACUGACAGGAACGGUGACGAUACUAUUUCAUCCGCCGAAGUUGGAGACCCCCUGGCACUUCGUUUCGAAAUUAUGGACCAGAAUUCUCCAUUCGAAAUAUUCGUCCGAGAACUCGUUGCAAUGGAUGGCGUCGACUCCAGCGAAAUUACUCUUAUUGACAGUGAUGGUUGUCCUACGGACCACUUUAUCAUGGGCCCACUUUUCAAAUCAGCGCCAAGUGGAAAGAUGCUUUUGUCUCACUUUGACGCCUUCAAGUUCCCCUCAUCGGAGGUGGUACAAUUCCGUGCAUUGGUAACUCCUUGUAUGCCGACGUGCGAGCCAGUUCAGUGCGAUGGCGGUCCAAAUGAGCUGCGUUCGAUAAUGUCAUACGGCCGCAGGAAGAGACGUUCAACUCCUGCCUCUCCGACUGAGAAAAUGCUUCUUGUUCAAAACAUUCAAGUCACAGACAAAUUCGGUUUUGACAAACAACGCGCGAAGAAUACUACUGAGGACUCCGUAUAUGUAAGAGAGAGUGAGACAACAUGUGUCAACGCAGCUGGAGCUAUGCUUGCUGCGGCUGCAUUCUUGGCCGCACAGUUGGUUGUACUCGCGGCCUGGACUUGCAGCUGGCAACGACGCCGUGCAGCAGCUAAAGCCGCUGAACUCCUCCCUGGUCCUAACGCCCCAUCAGCCCUUUGCAAAGUCUAUGAUCCAAGCUUUUCUCGUGCACACCAGAGGCAUUUU